AUGAAGGCCUUCACAUUCCCAGCAGACUUUCUUGCAGGGCCAGGCCCAGAAGUCGAGGUUACACACGUUGACUUUAGCAAGACCGACUGCAUCGAGUACAAGAAUUCAUACGCCGUGAUCCUCGAUCAUGUACUCAGUCCGGAUGAAUGCGCACAACUCGUCACUCUUGCGGAGCAGUCUUCAGGCGGAGAGCCCGGGGAGGGCAAUUGGGAGCGCGCGCUGGUCAAUAUCGGGAUGAACCAGCAAAAACUCUUGACCGACAUCCGGAAUUGUGAUCGCAUCAUCUGGGAUGCGCAGGAAAUCGUGGAUCGAAUCUGGCAGCGAUGCAAGGACCAUGUGCCUGAGAUUGAGCACGUAAAGGGCCGACCAGAGAUUACCGGUUGGGGCCCGGUAAAGAGGAAGGAGGAUUAUGCAUUGACCCGAUUAAAUGAAAGAAUGAGAUUUCUUAAGUAUACUGGUGGCGAGUACUUCAACAUACAUUGUGAUGGUACAUACCUCACUCCGGACCAAAGUGAACGGUCGUUCUAUACUCUGCAUCUGUACCUAAAUGAACGAGACGCAGAGAACGAUCUAGUUGGGGGUGCAACGACAUUUCAUGGAAAUUCGGAACGGGAGUAUAACGUGUUUCCCAAAACUGGUCGAGUUUUAUUGUUCCAGCAGAGAUCAAUCUGGCAUUCGGGGCAGCAGGUUGAUGCUGGUGUGAAGUACACCAUGCGGACUGAUGUGAUGUUCAAACGUGUUGAAUCAUGA